CAGGCUCGGUGCUUCACUUCACUAUCAUCAUCGACCCAUCUUCUUAGCAGACCGUUACUCUCUCUCUCUCUGCAAAUCGUUGAGGAAGAAGAAGAAGACAUGACUGCGGUGAGUGUAGCCACCAGACACUGCAAGAAAGCAAUGAAAUUAGGAAUCUCUCUCUUCCGCAGAGGCUUCAACUCCUCCAAAUGCAAGACAAUGACGAAGAUGGCAGUGGCCAGGAUAAAGUUGCUGAGGAACAAGAGAGAGGCGGUGGUGAAGCAGAUGAGGCAUGACAUCGCUGUGCUUCUUCGAUCUGGUCAAGAUGCCACUGCUCGCAUUCGGGUUGAACAUGUGAUAAGGGAACAAAAUAUUAUGGCUGCAAAUGAAUUCCUUGAGCUCUUCUGUGAACUGGUUGUAUCAAGACUUCCAAUUAUUGCAAAGCAAAGGGAAUGCCCUUUAGAUCUUAAAGAAGGGAUAUCGAGUUUACUAUUUGCAGCCCCUCGAUGCUCAGAUAUUCCAGAACUAUUGGCAAUUCGGGACAUUUUUGAGAAGAAGUAUGGGAAAGAUUUUGUGUCUGCAGCUGUUGAUCUACGACCCAACGCUGGUGUCAAUCGAAUGCUUAUUGAGAAGCUUUCUGUUAGAACCCCUAGUGGUCAAGUAAAAUUGAAGGUCAUGAAGGAAAUAGCCAAGGAACACCAGAUUGAAUGGGAUACAACAGAGUCUGAGAUGGAGCUUCUCAAACCUCCAGAAGAGCUCAUAGAAGGACCACGAACUUUUGUUAGUGCCAGCAGCCUACCUGUAAAGCCUAUACCAAGGCAAUCUACUGAACCAAAUAAGCCAAUCUCCAGAUAUUCAGGUAACACGGAAAGGGAUGCCAUGCAUUUUCAAGACACUGCAUCUGCUGCUGAAGCCGCUGCUGAGUCUGCAAAGAAAGCAAUGGCUGCGGCAGAAGCUGCAGCCUAUUUGGCCAAACAAGACCCAAGUCAGGUCUCUGAGGCAUUUGGUUAUAGUAAUAACUUCAAUGGCAAUCCAAUCAACUAUCAAGAUAUGGAUGAUAAAUCUGAAGUCCCGGCCCAGACGUACAAGUCACAUAGUGUUGGAAGGUCUCAUUAUUCAAGCAAUGAAGACAUAAUGCCGACCAACAUGGAUGUGAAAAAUGUUAAUAGGAGACACAGCUACAAUGUCCCACCUGCACGUUGUGAUAUCAAGUUUGAUGAAUCGGACUGUGACGAAGAAAUUGACAUGGAAGAACCUACUGAUGGCAACCAUAUACCGCCAAACCGUCCUGCCUCUCAAGUUCCUCGCAUUCAUCCAAAAUUGCCAGAUUAUGAUGCUCUUGCUGCGCGUUUUGAAGCACUCAAGUAUCGCAAGUCCCAAACCUAAGAGAAUUAAUGUGUAUUUCGUGUAUGAUAUUUACCUAUUAUUCAAUCGUAUAGAGAUCCUAAAUAAUGUGGGUUGCAGAAGUUUCUUUUUUGGGUACUGUAAUUGACAGGGACACCAUUUCAUUAUUUUGUCGACUUCAUCUUUAUUUUAAUGCAAAUUACAGAGUUUAUAUAGAAAA